UGACCCCCCUUCAUUUCCCGAAUCCCAAAAAGCACCCACUUUUAAUUUCUUCUUCCCCAUUGCAGUUGACUGACUACUGCUUCUAAAAUCAUCCCAAUUCUCUCUCUCCACCCCCCCUCUCCCUUUUCUAGCACAUAAAUACAACCCCAUUUCCCAUUGCUUACAAACAAGAAAGAUGGGUGAGCUUCACUCCCUGGCUUACACUAGCUCUUCCCUAGGUUGGGAUUUCCACGGCCACAACCACAACCACAACCUUGGAGUUCCCAACGCAGACAGUAUGUCUUUAGUUAUGGAUGGUGGAGAACUAGAAGCACCCUUCUACUCAUCUCUGGACUCUGAUUUUUCUACCGGCUAUUUGGAAGACGCCUUGCUUGAAUUUAGCGAGCGAACCAAACGAAGACGCUUGCUCUUGUAUACCGAUCAUGAAACUGAUAGUUCCAAGGAUCUUGAAAAGAGCUUCUGGAAUUCGAACUGUCCAUGGGGAAUGUCAGAGAGUAUAUAUUCCGUGAGCCAGUUAAACAGUUUCAAUCAACUCUCAGAUGAGGCUAGGGGCACAUCAAUAAGCAGAAUCAGCGAGGAAGCUGCAAAUAUAAAAACCCCAGAAGAGGCCCCUGAAGCUACAGAUUCUUCAUCAUCUUCUUACAGAGACCUCGCAAACACCAAGUCCAUCAACAACAAUGAAACCCUAUUCUCCAUAGCUCCUUCUGGAGAUCAGUCGUGGUCAUGUGAUAAGAAAAGCAAGAAGGUGAUUACAGGGGUGGUGUAUCCAUUUGCAGUGGUGAAACCAGGAGGGGUUGAAGGAGACAUAACCUUAAACGACAUAAACGAGAGGAUCCUAAUGCCACCAACAAGGCCGGUAAGGCAUCCGGUGGGGGACUUUGCAUGUCGGCCAUGUGUGUCCCCCGAUGGUCCUGGGCUUUCCGGGAAAGCUGUGGUGGCCCUUACGAGAAUCCAGACACAAGGGAGAGGCACGAUCACUAUUAUCAGAACUAAAGGUUAAGAGAGAAGUGACCAUUCUUUCAGCUUUUGCUCUUUUAAGUUGUGCAUGCUUGUUUCAAAACUUUGAAUUGUAUAGAUGAGAUAGAUCAUAUGUAAUGUAUUAAUAUAUAUGUAAUGUAAUGUUUUUUGUUGGACCGGUUUCAUACAUAAUUGUUCCUGUUUUUAAA